AUGGCCGUCUUGUCUCUCCCACUCACGUUUCAAAACUCCUUCUGGUCGCAGGACUACAGGACAGGGCUCGAGGUGCUCUAUACCCAGCUUGAGAAUGGCGUCGCAGAGAAUGCAGAGAUAGUGGCAUUUAUCAAGGCUCGGGCCAUCGCAGAGAGCGGGCUCGCGACCGCCUUGGCGAAUCCCGUUUCGAAAGGCUCGGCUUUCGCGCAAGAGGAUGGCGUGUCUCUCCAUUUAGCGUUCCGCGGGCUCCAGGAAGAGUCCGUUGCGCAAGGUAAGGCGCACGAGCUUCUAGCUAAAGAGCUGCGGACGUCAGUCGCGGAGCCCUUCGAAAAAUGGGCAACUGGUUACAAGGAGAGGCUCCGUGCGAGCAAGGGCAACGUCCUAGAGCACUGGAUGCUUGCGUACGAGUUCGCUCAAGGCGAUGUUGGUAAACUCAAAGACGACUAUCAUACGAAGACUCGUCGCGCAGACGAAGCUGAAGACGAUGUCCGAUUCGCUCCAGUCACCCAGCCACCUGGUGACAAGUACACAAUAUCCCCUAGUCUAGUGCCUAAAGACGUCCGCCCGCGCCGCAUGCCACAGCGCCAACCCACGGUGACCGAGCGCAUCUCAGCACGUUUCAAGGAGUUCCGCCUGGGCACCACGACCGCUCCUCAUACCGAUGAUGCACAACCCGAGGUACAGUUUGACGCCGACACUGAGGAGAAAGAGAAGAGCACGCCGAGAGUCGACAAAGGCAAGGGCCGUGCCAUCGAGGGCGCGGUAUCUCCCCCGUCAAUCGCGUCUCCGCCGCCCCUCUCCCCGCCGCUGCCGAAGCUCGUCACCGAUCCGGUGCCGCCGGCGCCAGCGCCCCCGAUGAUCCUCGCGGGGAUCUCUGUGCCUCCCGCAGACGUGUCUGCGCUGCUGAAGCGCGCGAAGGAGGAGCUGCCGCUGCGCGCGGUGCGCUUCCCGCUCCUCGGCGAAUACCAAGAAUGUUUCUCUGGCGAGGAGUUCGCGACGUGGCUGAAGGAGAACGUGGAGAGCUUCGGGGGCGAUCUCGACCGCGCCGCUUUUGCAGCACGGGAACUCACGGAGAAGUACAAGCUCCUGCGCAGGCUCGGCGAGCUCGGCAACGACUUCGAGAACGCGCCCGACGCGAUUUAUCAGUUCAGGUCGAAGGCGUUCGAUCUUGGCAGCGUCGCUGUCCCGGCGAAGCCGGAGCAGGCACUGUCGUCCCCACAGAAGGCGCUCUCUCCCUUAGCAGAAGAGGCGAAGCGCACGACUGCGUCCUUUGCAUCACUCGUAUCCAGAGCGUUGAACACGAAUCAGAAUGGUAAUGAGCCUUCCCACGUCAAGUUGCGCCGUGACGCCGAGGUCGCUGAUCGGGAGUACCGCAUCGCGAUACGCAAGCUGGACAGACAGAGACUUGCCCUCGAAGAGAGGAUCGAGGACACGCUGAAGACGUUGCAGAGGUGGGAGCUCGACCGCCUUCGUGCCGUUAAGACGGUUCUUCGGCAGUAUCACGACGCGGUUGCGUUGUUCGCCAAAGCCUAUGAACCCUCCCUCGAGCGGUCAGACACGCUUAUCGCCGCCUACCAGCCUGAGGCCGACAUCAAGGCGCUCAUCGAGCAGCACCGUACUGGACCGUUCCGUCCCACACCGCAAGUGUACGAAUCCGUGGCACACGACGAGUCGGACGUGGUGUUCGGUCUCGAUCUGCGACGGUGGGCCGACAGCGGCUACUGGCACGCGUCUCCGACGGCCGGCGAGGAGAAGAGGGACGAAGUUCCGCCCGUGCUCACCCUCCUGCUUGCCGCGUUGAACGAAGCGUAUCCCAAGUUGUCAAGCGAUAUCGAGAAAAGGAAGACCUGGAUCUAUGACGUCCCUCUCCCUGGGGUGCACCAUCUCCGGGAAACGCUGAACGCUGUCCCACCCGAACAACCGCUCCCGAACGAUGUACUGGGCAAGUACGAUGCCCCUGUGCUGGCUAGUGCCGUCAAAUUGUGGGCGCUGGAGCUCGAUCCUCCACUUGGAAUGUUCGAAGGAUGGGAUGAAUUCCGCAAGCUCUAUCCAACGGUUGGAUCAUACAAGGCCGAUGAGUCGCCUUCCAAUGAGCAGCACAUUCUGGAUGUGCAGAUUGCGUUGCAGAAGCUGCCCAAGAUUCACCUCUUGGUGCUCGAUACCAUUAUCAAACACCUCAAAGAUUUGAUCGACUCUACGGCUGAGGCGAACGGCGAAGACGCGAGGGAGGUCUAUGUCACAAAACUUGCCUUGACUAUGGGAAGAACGGUACUUAGGCCCAGGCAGGAGAAUGAAUUCUCCAUCCAGGAUCGUCAUCCUACGCUUCUCUUCAUAGACCUACUCAAUAAGUACGCUGAGAUCUUGCCUCCCACCAUCCUAAAGAAAAAACGCGAGUCUGAGCGCAAGGUACCAGUGCGGCGGCGUACUCGACCCGUCGACAUGCGCUUGAGCCGUAGUCGGAUCUCUGCUGGUGCCGACCUGAAGGAGCUCCAUGCUCAGCAACUCGCACAGCGCACGGGGUUGAAGAACGCCGGGUCGCCUCCUGCAGUGCCUGCAGCUAACAUCCCUAUCCUCCCUCAGGUUGCCGAAAGCCCGCUGCCGCAGAAGACCGAGCAUGAUGCGCCUGCCGUUAUGUUAAGCGCGGGACCGGACUCCUUUGACGAGCUCCCGCCAGCGCCUCCUGCGCAUGAUGCGAAGGAGGAACGCGUCGAUUUCGCAAGUAUACCCCCGCCGCCCCCUCUGCAAGCCCCCAUUCCAAAGACACCUGUCAUCCCUCCUCACCCGAUGUUCAGGGAGCCACCUCCGGAGACCGAUGAUGCGCCUCCACGACCGACUUUCAAGGAGCCCGCACCGGAACCAGCGUCCCCCGAGCCGCCGAUGCCUUCGUUCGUGGAGCCACCGCGAGAGUUCGUUACGCCCCCCGUACCGCAGCCGUCCUUCGUAGACCCGCCAGUGGAGCCUGAACAAAGCACGAGGACGCCCACAGCGAUCCCUGCAGUGUUGCGCUCAGGCGGCAGCGGCAGCACGAGCCGCCCGGUGUCCCCGCGGACGUCCUCUCUAGGCUCACGCAGCCCAUCGCCGACGAAGCCGUCCACGUCGCCUACGUUGUCGCAGGACCGCCCCGUGCGUGGAGGACGCCUGACGCGCGGACCGCGUGCUCCGGGCGGCGGGGGUGCGGUGAGCAGCAUGGUGAGCAAUCUCAACAGGCAAUCGAUCGGUGCGCGACCGGCGUCGCCCGCAAACGGAGGUUCUGGCAGCAGCCUGUCGCGCCCGGGGUCGCGCACAUACACCGGGCACGGGAAGCGGAGCAGUAUCAGUCGGGUCGCGGAGUUCUCCCGCCGGACGAUGGCGAGUGACGCGGAGGACGAGGUUGUGGAUAAAUAG